UUGUGACUGCUUUGAAUGUUGCUGUCUUUUAUGUUUUGGGCUGUAAUGACUCUCUGUUUUCCCUAAAUAGGGAUUGAAAUUAGAAAAUAGUAGCUCUGCAGUGCUUCAGAAACUUUCAGCAGUAAUCUGAAUUAAGUGGGACAUGCAGGAUCCCAGUUUUUCUGAGUUCUUUCUGUUGUCAGUUUUUCUAUAACACUGUUGAAGAGCUGGGUACAUAAUAUUUUCAUUAUCUGUUCUUCAGCUUUUUGCUUGUGGUGUGGAGAUAUUAGGUGCAAGGAAUGUGUACCUUCAUAUGAGGGCACAGAAUGUGUCAGCUGCACUUCAUUAAAUGAGAUGAGUGGAUUGGAGUAGCACCUGAGACUCUCAGGUGCUUUUGUCUGGGUUAAUUUCUUUUCACAGUACUGGUAUGGGGCUGGUUUGGAUUUGUGCUGGAGACAGUGUUGAUAACACAGGGAUGUUUUCCUUACUGCUGAGCAGGGUUUGCACAGAUCCAAGGCUUUUUCUGCCUCCCACCCCACCUGUGAAGAGACUGGGGGUGCACAAGGAGUUGGGAGGGGACACAGCAGGGGCAGCCAACCCCAGCUGACCCAACAUACAUCCUGUCACAUAUGGAGUCAUGCUCAGCAUGUAAAAUGGGAAGAAGGAAGGAAGAAAGGAGGGUGUUUGGAGUGAUGGAGUUGUCUUCCCACAUUACAGUUAUGUGUGAUGGUGCCUGGAUUUCCUGGAGAUGGCUGAACACCUGCCUGCUCAUGGGAAGUGGUGAAUGAAUUCCUUGUUUUGCUUAUUAAAUUGUCUUUAUCUCAACCCACAAGUGUUUCUUACUUUCACCCUUUCAAUUUUCUCCUCCAUCCCACCUGGGGUGAGUGAAGGAGCAGCCAGUGAGUGGUGAUUAGUUACCAGCUGGGGCUAAACCACAACAGACUAACAGCCAGAAACACAGGAGGUAGGACAGAACUCACCUGGGAAGAAGCAACUGCUGGCUUCAGGCUGCUGUGAAAACUUUUGGAUCAUUUUGAAGAAGUCUUCCUUCUGAUUUGCCCUGCUUUGGAUAGUUGGAGUCAGAAAGCUUUUAAAGACAAAUGACAAGAAUGAAAGGAAAAAGAGUUUCUUGCUGAUCUCUCACAAAACAGAGAACACUGAGAACUAAAAAUGCGGACAGAGCCUACAGUGUCAGCUCUGUAACCAGGUGUCUGCAAACAGAAGUGAACUGACAACUCUGGUACUUUUUGGUUCCAAACAAGAUGAAGAUCCCCUGUUUGCUGCUGAGAUUCCCUCGUUGUUAUUUCUCCAGAAGAACUUACUUCGUGAACUUUCGCUUCACUUCCCCAGCAGAUUUCCCGGGCCUUGAGUCUCCCUGGCCAGCACAUCACUGUCGCACAAAAUGGAUUUGUUCAUCAAACGCUUUGAGGAGAGAGCUGUGCCAGCAGGCAGCCCCUGAGCUGCAGGCAGAGGAGCUUUCUGACCAGGAGCAGAGACUCGUAGACAGACUUUACCAGGGGCUAAUCCAGGGCCAGAGAGCCUGCUUAGCCGAAUCCAUUACACUCAUAGAAUCAACUCAGAGUAGGAAGAAGAAAGUAGCCCAGGUGCUCCUUCAGAAGGUAUUAUCCUACCACAGGGAACAAGAAAAGUUAAAUCAAGGAAAGCCACUUGCCUUUAGAGUGGGGUUGUCUGGUCCUCCUGGUGCUGGAAAGUCGACCUUCAUAGAAUGCUUUGGGAAGAUGCUUACGGAAAGAAACCACAAAGUGGCUGUGUUGGCUGUGGACCCUUCCUCUAGUACAAGUGGUGGUUCCCUGCUGGGUGAUAAAACAAGGAUGACUGAGUUGUCGAGAGACAUGAAUGCAUACAUCAGACCAUCUCCAACCAGUGGGACUCUGGGAGGUGUCACAAGGACCACAAAUGAAGCCAUUCUGCUCUGUGAAGGAGGAGGCUAUGAUGUUGUUCUCGUGGAAACAGUGGGUGUGGGCCAGUCAGAAUUUGCUGUGGCUGAUAUGGUUGAUAUGUUUAUAUUACUGCUACCACCUGCGGGUGGAGAUGAAUUACAGGGCAUCAAGCGGGGCAUCAUUGAGGUGGCAGACCUGGUUGCUAUCAACAAGGCUGAUGGUGAUUUGAUUGUGCCUGCCCGGCGGAUCCAGGCCGAGUACGUCAGCGCCAUGAAGCUGCUCCGCAAGCGUUCCAAGGUUUGGAGGCCAAAGGUGAUGCGCGUCUCCGCCAAGACCGGCGAGGGCGUCUCGGAGCUGUGGGACAAGAUGGCCGAGUUCCGCGAGCUCGCGCUCAGCAGCGGCGAGCUGCUGGCCAGGCGGCGCCGGCAGCAGAAGGUGUGGAUGUGGAACCUCAUCCAAGAGAAUGUGCUGCAGCACUUCCGCUCCCACCUGGCCGUCAAGGAUAAGAUCCCGCUCCUGGAGGAAAAGGUUCUUGCUGGGGUCUUGUCUCCUGGGCUGGCAGCUGACCUGCUGCUGAAGGCGUUCAAAGAUGCUCUCUAAGCAUUGUUUGUACUCUGCUCUUGAUGGGUGCUUUAUGUGAAACGUGAACAUUAAAUGCACUUUUUCUAUGUGUUGAUUCUGAUGUUUUGCUGCAGUGGAAAUGCAUUGAAAACCUAUCCAGUACUCUGCAGAAGAAUUCUGUUGGAUUCUGUAUGUGCAGCGAUCAUGACAAAUCUAAACACUCACUAAGAGACUACUACACACUAUUGGAGAAAAAAUAAACUUCCAAAUCUUCUGUUUCUACAUGCCUUAGAUCUGUUGAUAAAAACUGGAUGCCUGUGUGGAAUGAUUGGGUUUGGGGAGGGCAGGAGAGCGAGGUUUGUGGUGGUGCAGGGUUGGAUGGUGCAGGGUUGGAUUCUGGUUGUGGGGUCAUCUCAGAACAGUUGACACUGCAGCUUUCCAUUCUAAUAUAGCAGCAGCUGUUGCCAGAAUGGAUUGCAUUUUCUUUCCUCACCUUGAGUGACAGCAAGAACAUUGCACUGCCUGACAGCACCAGACCACAACCUUAGUUUUAAAUAAA